AAUAUUUUAGAUACCUAGAAAAUGCCUAGAUUUACAGAUUUUAGCUUCGACAUCGACUGACCAAUAGAACUCCCAAGAAUACAGAUCUUUAUUAUAUUUUAUGUUAAUAAGCAAUGAUAUAGGUACCUAUAGGACUGUGGCUGCUUAUUGUACAGUACAAAUUAGCCAAAUAAGCCACUGAUUAUAGAGGGUUGAAUACUAGGCCAAGAGUGCUAGCCUACAAAAUUCAUCCAGUUUUGAAGUAAAAUGGAUCUAGAAGUUUCCAGAAAACUUAUUCCACACCACUUACUUAUGUUUGAAGGAAAUGCAGCAUUGAAAUCCUAUUACAGAAAAGUUGUAGAGAGUUAUGAUAAUAAAUUGCAAUCUCAGCUCUUCAACUGCCAGAUUUGUUACUCAGAUUUAAUCCUUCAUCACACAAGACUACAGUCAGGACACAGACCAACUAAAAAAAUGAAUAAGUUGCUAAUUCAGAUGGAAACUAAAUAUUUAAAGAAAAAACAGAUUACAUUGGUGACGCGAUACCUGAACAGUCCAAAUUAUUUGACUGUCAGAUGCCAUGCUUGUGGUAGUAUCAACAAAUUCCCAUUGACUACAACUGAAGCUAAGAUGAAAUUUAAAAAAGAACUUCUGAAAUCCAUGUUGGUGACAAAAUGUUUAGGUGUACCCGAAGUUAAAAAAAAAAGAAAGAAAGGAAAGAAGAAAGAGAAAAAAAUUGACCUCAACUGUGGCCUUCACCUUCCCAGUGACCCAGCUGUACAGAAUGCCCCAAGGACAAAUACACAGAAUGUACAGCCCAAGAAACCUGCAGAGAAUACUCUAUCCAAAGUUCCUGUCCACAAGCCCACCAAUAGUGGUAAUACCUCAGUUGGAUCUAACAGAAGCAAUACAAGGCCUGAUUCUUCAAGAGAUAAAUUAGUAAAACAACAAAAGCAUAAGAAACUAUUACAUUAUCUUUCCCAGGCAAAAACUGAAAAACACAAUGUUUCAUUGUCUGACUUUUUAUCAUCCUUGUAACAUUUAAUAUCAUUUCUAAUUUUCAAGUUAAAUAAAGAGAAUAAACUCUA